UUGGCUCUGCGCGCCCGGGCGAAACUGGCGCAUUCGGGGCUGGCAGCCGACCCAGUCGCACGCGGCGGGGAUCUCUUCCCUUGAAACGAUGGCCGGCAAACCCCUGCGCAGACCCAGCUCGGCGCCCGCGGGCACCACCGACCGGCGAGGCCACCACGCCAGGGUUGCUCUUCCUGCCACAGCAGAAGGUGCAAUGAGCCUCUUGUCAAGUCACAGUCCCACUGUGGUUCAUGACCCAGGAGUUGAAGACCAAAGGUUUAGAACCUGGGCUCAGUUACCAAGUCACUCAGCAAAGGCUGGGGCAGAGAGAGAAUGUGCUCUGCAACUGUGCAAGAUCGGGGACAAACUGAACCUUCGCCAGAAGAUUCUGAACCUGAUCGCGAAAUUCUUCUGCCCAGGAACUCGUUAAUGUUUGGAGUAAAAGCAGAAGAUGGGAAGGAAACGAAGGAUGUUUUGGAAGAUCUAAUGUAUACAUGACUGGAGUCUUACCAAGACCUCUGUGAGAUGUGUGUGGGGGGAGACGAAAAGUGCCUUCUGAAUUUCUGCAGCUAUUUUCCUGUUUGUGAGCUGCUGCAAUAUGAUUUCUUCAGAUGACGCAUCUCAAAGCUGGUGUAAAGGAAAUGCAGAGGAGAAAUCAUUGGAAUUUACAGUUUUCCAGCGAUGUUGAACUGUGAAAGGCAUUGGAAAAGGAGGAGGAAUCUGGGUGUGGCGAUCUAACCCAGAGUUCGGCAUUCUGAUUUCCAUAGUUCUGGAAUUCAUCCGCUCAGCUGUUACGCUGUGCUGAAAAAGUCAGUGGAAUUUCAUGCGCAGCGAAGAUGUCUUGUAAACUUUGGACUUCGAUGUACAAUCUUAUAGCAGUUUGGUCAGCUCUUGGCAAUUCUCAUUUUCCAGAGUUUGGAGUCCAGAUCUAGCAAACUCAGAAUGUUUGCCUUGUGAGGUUGUUUAGUUGAAGAUGUUACAUGUCAGUGCAUUAAUUUGUUAGAAAACACAUGGCAAAACUAUGAAUGAUGAAGCUGAAGUUGGUGAAAUUUCAAUGCAGACAUCCCAGAGUAUGCCCUAUGGGUAUGAAUGUUAUGUUGUUAUUGUUUUUGAAGCUUGUAAUUUAUUACUUUGGGAUUAUGAACCAAAACUAAACAGUACAGAUAAUUGUUCAAACUGUGCAGUAAAGACUGUAUUAGAGAGCUUUUUGAGCAAAAGUGGGAGGGUUUGUAUUACAUAGCCUUACGCCAACAAAUUGCACAACUGUAUAGAAGGUGACUGAUUUCCUCACAGUGUUAGAGGUGCUUAGAAUAAGCUUUAGACUGGAAUAGCCAAUUAAAAGAGGAAAUCAGCUUACAACAUAGUUUUUAGCACAUUUGUUUCUACUUUAUGAUUUAAAAAAGCACCACCGUGUGUCAAUAGGAUUAAGUGUUACAGGUACUUUUCAGAGGUGGAUUUAAAAAUUGAUAUUUUUUUUUGCCUCAUUCAAGAAAUCCAUGUAAGUUCCAGUUGUUUAUAGGGAUCUCUUCUAGAUCCAGGGUUUCCAUUCACUGCAGGAGGAAGGAAUUGAAAGAAGCCAGAAAGAUCUUCUACAGAAGAUACGAGCAUGUAAAAAAAUGCCUAUUAGGACAGGGUGUUUCUGCUGAAGUGUACAUAUGAGAACUAUUUAGUCCAGAUGUGUGACACAUCUUUGGCAUCCAGAAUGAAUUGUCCGACCCCUUGAUUUGGCUUGACAUCAAGCAAACCACAUCAAUUAUUCUGUAACUGUCUUAAUGUACAUUCUGUGGACCAGGAUCUGCCAGACAGUCAAAUGAAAUAAAUGUAUACUGCCCUUAACUUAAACCCUGUCUGGACGGGCUGACUGAGAAUAGAGGCCGUUUUAAUAUCCUUCUUCCAAAUGAACUGCAAAAAUUUGUCAACAAUUACUUUAACACAAAGCAACCAUAUUUGCUUUAAUCCCCCCUCCCCCAUUUUGGACUGCCUUGUUUGCAAGUGUCAGUUUUAAAGAAAAUCAUUUCAUGAGAUUAGUCCAACUCCCCUUGGUUCAUAAAUCUUUUUUGAUUACUGAGGUACCAUUUCAAAUCCAGGUUGCUAUCAUUGCUUUCAUCUAAGCCAGGGAUGUCUAACUCUGGCGCCCCAGAUGUUCAUGGACUAUGAUUCCCAUCAGCCCCUGCCAUCAGGAGCUGAUGGGAAUCAUAGUCCAUGAACAUCUGGGGCGCCAGAGUUGGGCACCCCUAAUCUAAGCCAUGUACUGGAUAGGGUUGCUGUUUGGUGGAAGCAAACACUUGUGCAUUAAUGAACUGUCAUUUCAAGUCUAUGGAAUAAUAUUUAUUUAUAUAUCUAUUUUUUUCAAAGGGUCCUCCUUCCCCCAUUAUUUAAUAUCUUGAUGCUGGUGAGUUGCAUAUUUGUCAAAUACACAGUUUACAGCAAAAGAGUUUGCUCAGGAUGUCAUCUCAGUUUUGUGCACGCAGUUUUGUUCUUUAGCUUUAGCUGUUGUACCCUUUUUUUGUGCUGCCAUUUAGCUAAAACAAUAAAGUUGCCGUGUUUGCAAACA